UACUUUGUACAAGCCUGUGUUUGGUUAAAACUGGCCUUGCACAGGAUGGGUGGGGUAAUGAGAUGUGCACCUGAAUAGACAAGGUGAAGGCUCCUGUCGUGAUUCGUGCUCAGGCAAAGAGCGGACUUGAAUGGAAUCCUACUUUCCACUAACUGAAAGGACACUACAUUAAAGGAUUUGGUUGAAUACGAAACUCACACCACAAUGGAGACAGUGAGUGAUACCAAUAAAAUUCUGGAGAAAGGACCUGAAUACCUUCGAAAGCAAAUGGAGACCGGGACAAAAGGAGGUAUGAGUGCUGUGGAGAGACUCGCUGCAAGUAAAGUCAAAUACGUCAAAAGCCAAAAGGUGGUCAACUCGACUCAAGAGCCAGCGAUCAGUUUAGGUUCAGCCUCUGUGAGCAGCACGGGGUCUUCAAACCGAAGCUCAAACUGUGGAAGGAAAGUUUUUUCUCCUAGUAAGAAGUCAGCAGAGGCUACAGGUGGUGGUGAAAGCAGCUCACCGGGGCAGGUACGUCGAUCCAGUUCUAAAAAACGUCCAGACUCCCUUCUGAUUUACAGACAAAAAUGUGAAUUACUAAAAGGGUCGGGAUAUCGCCGGAGACACCAUAUAAAUCGGAAGCAGCAGCAGAAGUCCUCUAUGAAGAAUGAUUCAUUACCUGAGGCAGAGAAAGAAUGUGAGUCCAAAGGCCACGAGGAAAAAAUUACCACACCUGAGGGCGAUGCAAAGGAAUGUAAGGUAAAUGUAGUAGUGAGUCAGCCUGAGCAGGAAAAGAACGGAGAAGCUAAACAGCACACUCCUGAAAACAGCGACCCUGAGACAAAUGUGACAGCUGAUCACGGGAAUAAAUCUCAGGGUCUCCUCGCAGUUCCGGAGUUUCAGAGAACCGGCAAAGGAGUCAGUCGCUCCCACUCGGACAUCAGCUCUAGGUACUCCAAAAACUUUGCGGACUUUGAUGCUUUUUUUAAGUACUGCGGACUGGACGGUGAGGUUGUAGAGUCGCUGGGGAAGGAGAAUUUCUCGGCGCGUUCGGACGACCUUACGAAACACAUCCGAAGCAUCAGCAUCUCCACUUCGGAUGACUGUUUCUCAAGGAACAGUGACGAAAGUGAUGGGUUACAGGAGGAAGAGUUACAGAAAAAGAUACGUCAGGGAACGUCAGUUAUUGAGCGCAAUGCCAGGAUCAUUAAAUGGCUGUACAGUUGCAAAAAUGCGAAAGACACUGGAAAAAAGCUAAGAGACCUCCACUGAACUGUCUUUGCCAGUACAGAGCCGUCUGUUUUACCAAGUUCUUACCCAAGACUGUUAUAUAAGAGACACUGCAAAUGAUUCCAUGUUAUGCAUCAAAACACUGCCUGAAAGAGAUAAGAUGUCACUGGAUUUAUGAGUGUAAUGGUUGAAAGGGAGGUGGCGCUUUCUUAGCAAUCUAAAGGUAAAACACUGACCCCUGGCCUUAGUCGUCUACUGUACCACAUAAGAGUUUCUUUGCAAACAUCGGUGCUUCCUUAAGUCUGUCUCUGCAUGAAUGUACCCUCCUUAUUUUCUUCAGGUGAAAGGUCAACAAAUGAUACUUACCCAUGCAUGCAAACAUCAGGUUUUCUUGCAUCUAAUGGACUUAUCGUAGCAUUAAUCAUAACCAACUACAACAUGCCUAACUCUUUCUGUUACCCCGAUGCUAACCCUGAACCCCAAAUGGUUCACAUUACGGGGUCUAGCACUAUAUGUCCCUACAAUGUAAGCUGUGUUCCCAUGUCAUGUGUGUGUAGAUCACAUUUACCUUCGGGGAGAAAAGCUAAAUCCACUGACCUGUUGUAACUGUAUCCCCAUUUCCCUCCCAAUCUCUGUCCGCUUUGUGUCUUUACCAGUAUCUUUGUCUUUUUGCCAAGUUUAUUCGCUGUGUCCUUCUGAUUAAAUCUCACCGGAUGUAACCUGAAUCUGAAAAAAAAAGCAAGGGACAGACCGUUGUUGACUGAAAUUGGGCAUCUGCCAUCAAAACUUUACUUUACUGUGGCUUGCUAGAGGAGACACUCUUCCAAGUUUUUUUCUUCUUAUUUGCGACCUGUCUGUAUGUAUUGCAUAUGUCAAACAUUUCAGAUUUCAACACACCUUUUACUCCUGCAGAGGCUUGACUGAGAUUGUAAAGUUAAGGCAAGUCAGAUCCUGCCUUCUCUGCUUCCAAGAAUUUAAGUUUCUUAUUGUUUUUCCUCGGAUGAUUCAUCCAUUGAAAAACAACUUGAAAGCGGCACAGUUUUAGCACUUUACUUUUCAAUGCUGUCAUCAUUCGGUGUUCUGUAAUGUAUUGUGAAUGCUAACUGAGCUAUGUGAUCAUUGUUGAUGUACAGUGCAUUAUUGUCUCCCAAGUGUCAUGUUUUAGUGGGAUUCUCUAGUUUUAUAAAAGAAUGAAUAUGCUAUUAGAUUACUUUUUUUUUUUUUACAGAAAUUUAAUAUAGAAAAAUAACUGCAAUGUGAGCUUUAUCUUAUUCAAGCUAGGGUCUAUUCACCACUUUGCUGCUGUCAUUAUAACAUUGUUUUUCACUGAAGUAAUUUGUAAAUGUGGUUUCAUAAAAGUGAUAUAAAAUAAAGCUGCAAUAUAGUUUUCUCACAGGCUAUUGAAUGUUCUUACAUACCUAACUUAAUAGAUUUAUCUCAAUUAAGCACAUGCAGCAGUGCACAAUAAACCACCUGAACCUCAAAGUAGUGUUAAAACAUUGAACUUACUCUGUAGUACCUGAAGGGGGCAGUAUCUAACAACAAGAAUUAGCCUAAUUACAGUGCUGAAAUCAAGACAGUGUAUGCAUUAUAUAGUCAAAAGCACAAUUCCAAAACGUGUUGCUUGGCUACUGAAUUAAUAAUUACAUUUCUUGCUUGAUAUGAAAUGCUUGAAAUGUAAUGCUAUACCUAGUUUAGUUUUUAAACAAUAGGUUUAUCAUCUGUGUUCUGAAUAUUGUUUAUUUUGCAGGAAGUAGGUUGA